AUGGAUACAAUGAGCCCUAUAUCUAGCUCAGCUCCGCCUAUGCUUUGGCAGGAGGCACGCAAUGGUGAGGGACGCGUUUAUUACUACAAUGUCCAAACGAAGGCCACGCAAUGGGCAAAGCCAAUCGAACUUAUGACCCCAAUGGAGCGGGCUUUAGCAGACCAGCCGUGGAAAGAGUAUACCGCUGACGGUGGCCGAAAAUAUUGGUAUAAUACCGAGACAAAAAAGAGCUCCUGGGAGAUGCCGGAUGCCUAUAAAAAUGCGCUUGCGCAAGCUCAAAAUUCACCAAUACCAGGACCUGCUGUGUCUGGUUUUGUCGCUGGCGGCGUAACAUCCCUCCCUACAUAUCCAGCGCAACGCGAGCGGGAAGAUCACGAACGCACCGGAGAUCGUCGGCCACAAUAUGGCAUAUCAGAUACCAAUGGUACCCUUGGCUCUAGCCUCACUCAACAGCAAACCGAUUUGGGCUAUUCUACAUUCGAAGAUGCAGAGGCUGCAUUUAUGAAACUUCUCCGGCGAAAUAAUGUGCAGGCAGAUUGGACCUGGGAACAAGCAAUGCGCUCUGUGAUAAAAGAUCCCCAGUACCGCGCUCUGAAAGACCCGCGUGAUCGCAAAGCCGCUUUUGAUAAAUACGUUGUCGAUGUUCUCACUCAGGAAAAGGAUAGAGCCAAAGAAAGAAUAGCCAAAUUACGAACAGAUUUUGGCACUAUGUUGAGAAGUCAUCCUGAGAUUAAGCACUAUAGCCGAUGGAAAACCAUUCGACCUAUUGUCGAAGGUGAAACAAUCUUUAGGUCUACGAGUGAUGAGAAUGAACGACGACAAUUCUUCGAGGAAUAUAUUCUAGACCUCAAGCGGGAGCACGUCGAAACAGAGGCUAAGUCACGGAAGACGGCGAAGGAAGAUCUUGCUGAAAUUUUGAAAGCUUUGGAUUUGGAGCCUUAUACUCGCUGGGCAGAAGCACAAAAUCUGAUUCAGUCGAACGAACGUAUUCAAAAUGAGCAGCAAUUCAAAGCUUUGACCCAGACAGAUAUUCUCACAGCUUUUGAGAAUCAUAUCAAAUCUUUGGAACGCACAUUCAACGAUGCCAGACAACAACAAAAAGCGAUCAAGAUCAGACGGGAGCGGCAAAACAGGGAUAAUUUCAUCAAUCUUUUACAGGAAUUGAGAAACAAGGGCAAGAUAAAAGCCGGGACCAAGUGGAUGGAUGUUCUUCCUCUCAUGCAAGAAGACUCACGUUACAAUGCGAUUCUUGGCCAAACCGGCUCUACUCCUUUAGAUCUUUUUCGGGACAUGAUUGAAGAUGAAGAACGCUCGCUACGAGCUCCUCGGAAUGAUGUUCUAGAUGUUUUGGAUGAUAAACGAUAUGAAAUUACUGUUAAGACAACAUUUGAUGAAUUUGCAUCAAUCAUGAAGACAGACGGCCGAACUGAGGGGAUUAGCCGUGAUACCCUUCAGCUCCUCUUUGAUCGUCUUCGAGAAAAAGUGCUUCGUAGGACGGAAGAUGAAAAACACGCGGCCAAUCGUCAGCAACGUCGUGCUAUCGAUGCGUUGCGUUCAAGAAUUAAACACCUUGAUCCGCCCAUUCACCCGUCAGAUACGUGGGAACAAAUUAAACCGAGAAUAGAAACCACUGAAGAAUAUCGCGCAGUUGAAUCAGACGAACUGCGUACGCUGGCUUUUGAAAAAGUAAUCCGUCGGCUGAAAGAAAAGGAGGAGGAUAAUCAGAGAGAUCGCGAGGCUCGAGACCGAGAUCGUACUCUAAGGCGUGAUUACUACGACCGCGUCGAUCGCUCGGACCGUGUAGAACGCGGUCAUCGCAGUACUCAGUCCUCAUACCGGGCUGAAAGGAAGGGCUCUAGCCGUAUGAGCCGCACACCGGAACCGGACGCUUACGAGGCUGAUCGUCGAAAAGCUCAGGCCGACCGUGAAAGAUCUUACAGGAAGGUUAGCGGGCUUUCUCCACCUCCCACGUUAUAUCGUGAUAGGGGUAGAGAUCGGGGCCGAGACCGAGAUAGGGAACGAGGAAGUCACUACGAUCGCGACCGUCGUGAUUGGGAAGACGACCGCGACCGAUUAUAUCCUAGCCGUGCCGAUCCGAGAAGUAGUCGCGAUGAGCUAGAUUAUGGCGUCGGUGACGUGAGUAGGAGUACUUCCGGCCAAGUCCCUUAUGAACGGCGUCGACGACGAGAUAGCGAAACUGAAAGUGUGGGAAGCCGAAGUGCCAAACGCUACAGACGUGAUGGGCGAGACUCCGAUCGGGCGUCUGAUCGACCCAGAAGAGAUAAAGAACGAGAGCGCGUGCGUCCUCGUAGCCCUCGCAUGGAUAUCGAUUCUGAUAGAACGGCUGUCGAGAAGGAGGCUCCAGUUGUUCAUUCGGGUAGUGAGGAAGGUGAAAUUGAAGAAGAUUAA